AUGGAUUUCAUCACCCACCUACCCAAAUCUUUCGGACACACCGUCAUUUGGGUCACCUGUGAUCGCCUCACCAAGUUUGUGCAUUUCAUCGCAUUGCCUACUAAGUUUUCUGCAAAAGCUCUGGAAUCUCGUUUCUCUGUUGAAGUCUUCUACCUCCAUGGGUUACCAAAAUUCAUCAUUCCAGAUAGAGAUCCAUUGUUCCUUAACAAUUUUUGGCACGAUUUUUUCAAACAACAAGGAACAACAUUAAAAUAUAACACAUCUUACCAUCCUGAGAUCGAUUGUCAAAUAGAGGUAGUGAAUUGGUCGUUGGAAACAUACCUUCUUUGUUUGGUUGGGGAUCAUACGUGUCACUGGUUCAAAGUCCUUCAUCUUGCAGAGUAUUAG